AUGAGGUCGCCAUAUUUUCCAGCCAGAUCUGUGCUUUUCCACAAGGAGCCGAACGGAGUGACGUACAGAGUCCCAGCUCUGCUCUACCUGCCCCGCUCCAGAUCCUUUCUGGCUUUCUGUGAGGAGAGGCUCAGCCCGUCCGACUCUCAGGCUCACCUGCUGGUCGUGAGGAAAGGCACUUUCUACAGGAGCUAUGUGGAAUGGGAGGACAUCCGUGUUCUGGGCACUGCUUUCCUGCCAGGCCACCGAUCCAUGAACCCGUGCCCGGUCUACGAUGAGUUCACGGGCACUCUCUUUCUGUUCUUCAUCGCUGUUCUGGGUCACACCUCAGAGUCCUACCAGCUGGUGACAGGGAAGAACGUGACCAGACUGUGCUACGUCUCCAGCACUGAUGAUGGCGACACCUGGAGUCCCGUCACCGACCUCACCAAGAAGGUCAUAGGAGACACUAUUAAAGAAUGGGCCACCUUCGCUCUCGGCCCGGGCCACGGCAUCCAGCUGAAGUCAGGCCGUUUGCUCAUUCCUGCCUACGCCUACCACAUCGAGUGCAAAGAGUGCUUCGGCCACCUCUGCCAGACCACUCCCCACUCAUUCUGCUUUCACAGUGACACCCACGGGAGAACCUGGCGCUUUGGAGAGGCGGUCCCAGGACCAGAGACCGUGGAGUGUCAGAUGGUGUCUGUGGACGAAGAGGAUGGGACUAACGUGUUAUACUGUAAUGCUCGAAGCCCUCUCGGGUACAGAGUGCAGGCCCUCAGUCUGGAUGAUGGAGCCGUGUUUCAGGAGGGGCAGCUGGUGCAGCGGUUGGUGGAGCCUCAAAAUGGUUGUCAUGGGAGUAUUAUUGGAUUUCCUGCCCCGUUAAAUCUGUGUCAGAGUCUUAACAACGAUUUACAGCGACCUGUACGGCUCUCCAGACACUGGACAUCCUGCACCACAGAGUCCAGUCUCUCCAAGUCGAGUACCAGCUCUGUAGCCUUUUCAGUGUCAGCAAACAGCUCCAGCACCACCAGCUCCAUCCCACCUCCUCAUGAAGCCCCUCCGGAUUUCCUGACUCCUACGUGGGUAGUAUAUUCCCACCCAACAUGGACGACUGCACGCAAAAACCUGGGCUUGUUCCUCAGCCUUUUCCCCCGUGAUCCAGACAGCUGGCGUGGCCCCUGGGUGAUCUAUGAUGGGCCGAGCGCAUACUCUGACCUGGCCUACCUGGAGCUGUCACCCUCACCUGGAGCCCCACCUGCUGUGGCCUUCGCCUGCCUGUUUGAGUGUGGUACCAAAACAGCUUACGACGAAAUCUGCUUCAGCAUCUUCACCCUCUACGAGCUCAUCGAUAAUCUGCCCCGGGACGUCUGGCUGGAAACAAACAACGAAGGACACAGAAAACGGCAGGGGAGGAGCUCUAGACAUGAUGCUCAAAGUGCAGAAGUUUCCCAACAGGUGACUCCUGUGAAGAAGAGGAGGAAGAAGAGCAAGCUGGCUGAGAUGUGCUCUGUGUCUUAAUGUAGAUUUUAAACUUGUGAUACAAGUCGUCCAUUAACUGGUUCCUAUAUUAUGCUUCACUUAUUUGGACCUGUGCAGACUGAAAUGUUCUCAGAUUUCAUAAAAUUCAGAUUUUGACACAAAUAUAGAGCUAACACUUCACUGAAGCACCUCAGGUCUGCAAAAGGAAGAUAAAACUCUAAAGACAUCGCUCAGUUUUCCCCAUCCCUCCACCACUGUGGUCACAGCUGGCAAGAGGUUUCUGGGUUUUGUCCCAACGUGGUGCUUUAUGUGCAUUAUGAUCAAACAUCUCCAUCUGUACAAAGCACAUUGUUCUUGUUCUUAUUCAGAUGCAGCUUUGCAAACCUAAGCUGUGCUGCCUUCUUUUUAGAAGCAAGAGACUUCUGGAAACCCUUCCAACCAAGCUGUAUUGUACUUGUUCAGUCUUUUUCUAAUUAUGCUAUUAUGAACUUUAACAUACCAACUGAGGCCUGUUGAGUCUGAGCAGUAGCUCAGUGUCUCAGGUCAUAACUGUCACUUGGAUAAAAAGUAAACAUUCAAGUUCACAGAGGAAAAGAAUUCAGGACUGAGCUGAAGUGUUGGACAGACACUGAGAAGGUGGAGCACUCGCUGAGCUUCUGUCCACCAUAUUUUCCAUCACAUCGUGCACACAAGUGACAAAAUAGAUUUUUCUGAUGUGUCACGUUUUAAUUUGAAGGCGUGCAAUAAAAAUCUUUCACUUCCUAAAGUAUUGUGUUGUUUUUGUUGCAAUCUUCCCAGAACCAGACAUUUUCCUUUGCUGUCCGGU